ACGCGCAUGCGCUGCACUGUGCUGUGUAAUGUUAGGUGAUACAGUGGAGACAGUGGGGGUCAUCUGACGGGACGAUGAUGGUUAUCGAUCAGUCAGUGAGAGAAUCCUGUCCCGGAACGCACGCGGAGCAUCGAUUUGAGCGCCAGUCGCAUGCAGUUUGAAGCUCCGCCUCCAGAACCAGCGGACUCUAAAGCGCUCGCCGCGCUCUGACUGACGGACUGACCGGAGCCCGAGCCGCGCCGCGCCGCGCCAUGGCAACAGAGCGGCCCUCCAACCUGCGCGUCUUCUCUCUCAACUGCUGGGGAAUUCGGUUCUUCAGUCAACUCUGUACACAGCGGUAUGAGAUGAUCGGAGAAUUACUGGGCCGAGAGCAGCACGACAUCGCCCUGUUACAGGAAGUAUGGAGUGAAAGAGAUUUCCUUUUCCUGAAGAGAAAGCUGUCCUCCUCUCAUCCUUAUACUCACUAUUUCAAGAGUGGAGUCAUUGGCAGUGGGCUUGCUGUGUUCUCCAGACACAGAAUCCAGGACGCUCUGCUCUACCAGUACUCUCUCAACGGCUACCCAUAUAUGCUGCGCCAUGGUGACUGGUUUGGGGGCAAAGCAGUCGGGUUGGUCAUUGUAGACGUUUCUGGAUUAAAGGCGCACGUCUAUGUUACUCAUUUACAUGCAGAGUACUCCAGGGCUCGAGAUGAAUACCUUCCCCACAGAAUAGUGCAGUCGUGGGAAAUGCUGCAGUUCGUGCGCCACACGUCCUGCGGAGCAGAUCUGGUGGUUCUGGGAGGGGAUCUGAACAUGCACCCUCAGGACCUGGGAAACCGUCUCCUCAGAUCCCACACUGGGCUCAGAGACUGCUACACUGAAACAGACACGUUUGAUGGCUGUGAAGAUGGUCACACACUAAUAGCAGACAAUCACUUCACAAAGAAGCAAGAUCUUGUUCCUUUUGAGAAGGGCAUCAGAAUUGACUACAUUCUCAUGAAGGGUUCUCAGAGAGUGAGCAUGAAGUGUGAGUCUCUUUCCACCACCAAAGGUCCAGUGGCUGAUAAACCCUUUCCAUAUUCUGACCAUGAGGCUCUGACUGCUGAACUGGCCCUUCUGCGCUCAGAGGACAGCAGACAGCAUGGAUCAAGCGACAGUGGACACAGUUCUGCUCACAACAGUAGACCUGCUGGUGAAGAAGUGACAGCACUGGCUGUAUCAGAGCAGAUGGACGUGGUCACAGAGGCGCGUGCGGUGGUGAAGGAAGGCCUGUGUCAGACCGAGGCCCUGCGGGACAAAGCCAUGCGUCUGAUGUUCGGUGCUCUGCUGUCACUGCUGCUGCCGCUGGCUUUGGCCUUCCUGCCCUGCUCCUGCUCCUGCUCCUUCAGCACCGUGGGGCUUCUGGGAGCCGUUUGCAUGGGCCUGCUCCUCUCUGGAGCUCUGCUCUACCUGCUCUUCACCACACACAUCAAAGUCCUGAAAGAGACUGAAGACCAGAUGAUGCUGACCUCUAAUGACCUCCAGACUAAACUGACAGGAUGUCGGCUGUCUGGAUCUUCAUCCUCCGAUGGUCCUCCAGAGCUCCAGCCGCUGAGUCCUUCUAAACGGGUUGACCCGUAAGAGCUGGUUCUGGGUCAGGUUACUGUACCUCAGUGUUACAUAAUAGCUGUUAGGAAAUAACUUGAAGAGCUGAUCCGAGAGCAGUGCUCUGAGGCUAUACCUACCUCAACUCAGUGAAUAGACAGAUUAAUCAUCACAGAGCUGCUGCUCUUCGCAUUUUAACGAACUGAAAAUCUUGAAGGCUGAAAUGUAAAGCCCUGUUUGUUUCCGUGAGGGCGAGUUAUUUAUUUCUUUGCUAGUCUAUGCCUGUUAAGACACUCCGAACAGUGUGCUCUCUGAUAUUUUAAUGUAACUCAAAAGAGACUUAAGUCAAUUUUUUUAACGAUUUGUUGUUGAGGUAUUACUAGACCACAUUUUAGGCAUUAUAAACACUGUUUGAAUGUAAUUUCAUCAUAAUCAUGAAU